AUGAACCGGUAUCCUAGGCGAGCUUCAUUACCGAAGUCGGCUUCUGGAGUCAAGAUUGACGCUUCCUGCAAGACUGCUUAUGAUGCACUUCACAACAAACAUCAACAUAGCUUCAUUAUCUUCAAGAUUGGAAAGAAUGAUACCUGUAUCGAAGUUGAAAAGGUCGGAGAGAAGGGAGGUUCCUAUGGUGAUUUUGUUGAAGAAUUGAAAAAGAUCGUAGAAGGAGGAAAAGAAUGCAGAUAUGCUGCUGUUGAUGUUGAAGUUCAAGUCCAAAGACAGGGAACUGAAGGUGGAAGCAAGUUGAGCAAAGUAAUUUUCGUUCAAUAUUGUCCCGAUGAUGCCCCAGUUCGUCGUCGUAUGCUUUACGCUUCUUCCGUUGGAGCUCUCAAGGCAACUCUUGGUCUCCAAUCCCUCAUGCAGGUGCAAGCCUCUGAACUUUCCGAUUUGGACGAGAAGUCCAUCAAGCACGAACUCAUGAGCCACCAAAGAUUGUAA